AUGACGUGGCACGGAGAAGACUCAUUAGGUAACCCGAAGUUUGGGUUGUUGAAGCCUUCAAGCAUGAAUGUCGAAAAUGUAAUAGGAAGAGAGAGAGAGAGAGAGAGAGAGAGAAGAGGGGGGGGUGGGGGGGGCAGCAGAGAGUGGGUUGGGGAGGUGGGGCUGGGGGUUGAGUCGAGCAUAAGGCUUGGGAAUGGGGGUGAGAGAAGGGUUGGUUGCGGCUGGGGAUGGGGUGGGGGCAGGGUGUGGGUUGCUGCUAGGGCAGACGGAAGGGAGGGGAACGAAGGAGAAGGGGAGGGAUGGCUGUAG